GUUGUCUGCUGAGGUCAGUGAGGUGUGGAUGUCAGAGUCUUGUUUAGAUCUGACGGUACAGUGUUAUGUCUGAGUGAAGUGUGGGUGGAAUACGUCGUGUCUGUGUUGUAGUGAAAAUAUAUAUAGAAUGGAAUUUUUGUCUACAGGAUAUAUGUCAAAGACUAGUGAAGAGUCGAUACUCCGUCCACUACCCACAAGAGUCGUAACCAGGGUUGUCUACCCUCGUGGAUGAUGCUGUGGUGGUGUGUGGUGGUGACUGUGGUGGUGAUGCAGGUGGGAGAGGCAGCAAGAAAACCACCAGCGAUGCCUACCAGUGACACUAUGGAUGCCGCUGCCAGGGAAGGCAAACUCCAGUACGAGUUAAUAACUAAGGAAUCUCAGAUGCCGAGGUAUGGUGACUGUUACCAGAAGACCCUAAAGGAUCUUCAUGAGGGUUGUUCUGACCUUACUGACGAGGUACAGAGCCGCCUGGCACUGGCCUUCACCAAUUGCUACGUGGCACGGUUUGGUUGGGACAUGUAUCCAUGUAGAAAAGAUCAGCCCUUGUCAGAGUGUAUGGUCUACCUGGACUCCCGCACUGCUUCAGUCUACUCUGCUAUGCUCUCCAACACCCUGACAAUGUGCCACUUCCUCCAGGCUCAAGCAUGGCAUCAGGCCACAACUGAUGCUGUACACAGCCUGCGGGAGGCGUCAGAGAGGGUCCGCUCGAAGCUGUCCAAGGCAGUGGACUCUGCUGCCGCUCUUAAACUACAGAUGGACACUCAGAUCACAGAGUCCCGUCAAGCACUCAAGAAUGCCUUCUCGGAGAUCAGGGAAUCAACAGCUGAGCAGCGAGGACUGAUUAUAGACGUAUUUGACCGUGUGGCCCAACUGCAGAGUUUGCUGCUAGGAGAGUUCUCCUGGUUCUAUGCUGUUGUGUUCUACGUGGCAAGUGUGCUGGUGACACUACUAGUGACUUGUUCUCCUCGUACCCAGGAUGCCAGGAUACCCAGCAUGGGAACACUGACCUGCUCCUUGGCCCUAGAGAGGUUCAUGGUUAACAAUACGGUCACUUACCUGUAUUCAGACGUCUCCCAGGCAGACAUGCAGGUGAUGGUGUGGAUCAUCAGACGUCUGGCUGCUACCUGCUGCUUUCUGCUGCUGGUUAAAUCUGCGUUAUCAUACAGAGAUCCAAUUGCAGCAGCUGCAGCCAAACUUGAGGAACUGACCUCUGCUACCAAGGAAAUAAAGAACCUCAUCAAUUCUACCCCUGGUAUGUUAGUGGCGAAUGAGUCCAUUAAGGAGCAGGCAGAAGAGAGUGACUACUCUGACGAUACUUAUGAUCCUGAAGAAGACUCUGAUUCCUACUCGGACCUCGAUGACUGUCCCUACCCUUUUACCAGUCACCUCAUGACUACGAAUGAAGGUGGCAGGAAGGAAGCACAUUACUCACUGAGACCACGACCAAAGGAAGUGCAACAGAACCCACUGGUGGCCCUGGAGACUGCAGACUCCUUUGCACGCACGAUGAGGCACCUGGAGACUCUUGCUAGACAUAAAUCACGUGCCCAAGUAUGGCACUUGUCUACCAUAAAGCGGUCAAACUAUGGUGACGUAGAGAAUAGCAGCAGCUCUGUGACACAGAUCAACACAAAUGGAAACUCUAAAUGUCUUGCCUUGACAAAAACUGGAGAAGGAAUGGAAGUGAUAAAUGUAUUUUAGAUUUUUAAACAAAUAGCUUUGUUGACGAAAGGAACAUGGAGAGUUGUACAUAGGCAUUAACUGAAGCAUGCACAGAAGAAAAAAUCUGUCCCUAUAACCCACAAAUGCACUGUACAUAGACAUUAGAUGCUAAUUUAGUAAAAGGAUGAUGCUAGGUUUUACUGAGCAUGCUGCACAUGCUACAACAAAAAAUUAUAUUGCAUAAAACAAAAUAUAAUUAAUAUUGAAAAUUGUGAUUUCCACAACUGGUUGCAAAGUUUCCUAUACAGAUUUUCCUACUUAAGUGAAGCAUGACAUUACAUAUAAACUUGACCCAAAUGACUAAAUUAAUGAUGUAAGAUUCCCCAAGUUGCUUGUAUUUUAAAUUUUAAGUUUUGGUAGUUUUUAAAUAUUUAGUUUAUCGGUUUCUGUACUGACGUAUUUUAACAUAAAAUUGAAUAGCAAAUUGCCUUAAUUGAAGGUAUUAAAAGAUAACCAAUUAGUAGGCUCAAAAUUUAACAGUAUUUCAGAUCUUUAGUAUGGUUAAAUAAAGAGUGGUGUAUAAUACACUACUCUAGCUGAAAUAGCACUUUUUAUAUUAAUCUAGCUGAAAUAAUUACUUAAGAAAAUUGCGAUGGAAAAAUUUAACAUCUGCAUUUCGACCUGACUUUUCUCCGUAAACUGAGACUGAUGUACUUUACCUGUUUUUCUGUCGUGUAGUUGUUCACUGUUCAUGGAAUAAAUGUCUAAUUCUUUAAUACAAGAAUAUGAAUCUGUUCACCAACUGGGAACUUUAAGAGGCUUCAUCCAGAUAAGAUACCCAUUCGGACUCGGAGCAGCAGUACACCCACCGCACCUCUUAGCCAUUGUAUGCUAAAUUGCUGUCCUGGAAUUUUAUAAGUAGAUAAGAGCAGCUGCAAAUAUUGCAACCUUGUGCAAUGCAUGCUGAUAAAGGGCUCUAGGACAGAAUCUAAUUACUACCCAUUCCCCAAGUGGUGUAUGAUCUGUGGAAUUAACACUUCAAGUUUAAUAUACAGUGGACCCCCGCAUAACGAUUACCUCCGAAUGCGACCAAUUAUGCAAGUGUAUUUAUGUAAGUGCGUUUGUACCUGUAUGUUUGGGGGUCUGAAAUGGACUAAUCUACUUCACAAUAUUCCUUAUGGGAACAAAUUCGGUCAGUACUGGCACCUGAACAUACUUCUGGAGUGAAAAAAUAUCGUUAACCGGGGGUCCACUGUAUUUAGUUUCUAUUUUGAAAAUGCCCUUCAAAGAUUGUAGGUAUAUACAUAAAGACAAAAAAUAGUAAACAUUUAUUCAAAGAAAAUGCUAUUAUACACAUUUCCACAUAAGCAGAUGAUAUAUGAUAUUUACAUCUGAAUAUGUACAUUAAGGGUGAACAAAUAGUACACAGCACUAUUGAUAACCCAUAAAAUAACCAAGUCAUUGCUUUAUUUCUGUUUAAAUUUUUCUGAUAGGCUGUGCUCUUAAAAAAAAAUCUCUUCCACUACCCAUAAUUAAGAAACCUGGGGGGGGGGGGGAUUUAGUUAAAAAUGGUAUAAAGUGGUUUAAAAUUAACAUGUCAAAUUUUACUUUAGUCUUUAAAAAAUUCUAGAUUGAUGGGCACUAGUUGAAGGGAGAGCGUAUGAACAUGGAAAUGGGGUCAAGGAUGGGAGAGGAGAGAAAGAGGCAGGAAGAAUGGAAGCGGUUUUAUGAGUCACUGGAUCAUUAACCUCAUUGUACAAUAAUAAUAAUAAUCAAAUUAAGUGCUAAACCUGAAAAGGCUCGCCUCGUUGUACAGAGAAUACUAUACAGCCGUUGACUUCUCGGCUGUGGUCCGUUCUCGCAUUAAUGCAUCUUUCUACAAGUUGACCCAAGCAAGGCUGUGACACGGAUGCACUACAAUAUUGGAGUAAAUAUCAUAACAAACCUAUAUAACACGUACAAUUAAUAAUGGUUUCACAGAAACCCGCCUAAGUUCCCAUGGCUUAGCAAUUCAACCAGGGAGAAAAUAAUUUUUGAAUUACACAAAUAAUCAUUAAAUGUAACUAUUUCACUUACAAAAAAUAAAUUAUUGGGAAGUUUCCUUGAAGUAUAAUAAAUUUUUAUUUUUUUGACUACAGUUUUGUACAAGAUAAGUAGCAUUUACCAAAAUAUUUGCAGAGAAAAAAAAUUCAUUCCAAAAUUAAAUAUCUAAGGAGGGUUAAAUAAAUGAAGCGAAAAAAAAUUUGCUAGAAGAUUGUGGAAAGCGUAAUCUGAAAGUUUGUGAAACGACAUAACCCUCUGUUUACAUCACAGUACAAUGUACAUUAUAAUCUCUUGGGCUGGAACUAAUUACUAAUUUAUUUUAAAAACUUCCAUCAGUACACUGAUACCAAUUCAUGAAAAAAAAGGUACCAAAGCUUUUAUAUAUUUAUUUAUUUAUAUUCAUUCUUAGCCCUUCCUCUUUCCAGCACUUUGACCCAUGUGGAUUUAGAGCAUUUUAGUGAUUAAAAUUUCCUGGAGCUCACAGGUAUGAUACAUGUAUUUCUAAAAGGCAAUUAAAUGUACCGGUAUACAAAUAUGCAAGUACCAAUAACUUGCUACAAAUUAAAUAAAAUGUCUCAUAAUCCUUAAAAUAUUUUCAAAUGUAAAAAACGAACCCAUACGGGUCAUGCAGCCCACAAUAUUCUAUAAUUAUAAAACAUCCCAAGAUGACUUCACAUUUUUU